AUGGUUCUCGCAUUCGUCGCAACCGUCGCGAGAGCCGCCAACGUGACUAUAACGCAUCUGCGCCUCGACACGACACACGACUCGCCCUACUCGCCCUGGGAGCCCUCCGUCUACUUCCAGUGCGAGGGGGAGAUGAAACACGUGCUGCAGGGCGUGGUGCAGGCUAAUCUCACGUACAAUUUCACCAGCCAGGAGGAUUUUCAGCCCCUUGUCGAGCUCGCCUCUGCCCAGUGCAAGACCUGCGGGUUAUACGAAGCCGAUACAUUCAAGGCUGACGACACGUUCGACAAGUUCCAGCUGUGCGCGGAUGACUUCAGGGGCGCCAAGGAGGGGCAUCUGACGCGGUGGGUGGAUGGGGAAUUCAAGGUCGCGAUGAGCUGCCCGGACUGCCUCAACAGCCACGACCACUCGCCUGUGGAAGCCCUUUUACAAGGCGACUCCUGGUAUCCUCUGCUCCCGUUCCUCAUCUUCCUGGCAGCAGCAGCGGCCAUCAGCUGCACUGCUGCCCUCCUCUCCUGCUGCAUAGAGCGCCGCAUCUGGCCCUUCAACCGCAAGGACCCCUCCCAACCGCUCAGCACCUUGGAGAAACAGCAACUGGCCGAAGCCACUGCUUUCAUUGGGAGCAGUGACGAGGAGGAAGACGAGGAGGAUGAGAGGGAGAGGAGGGAGAGGGGGAGAGGCAGGGGAGCAGAAAUAGGGAUUGAAAUGGGGGAUAUGGGGGGGAGAAGUGGGGUGUCAGAUGGUGAAGGGGAGGAAUUGGGGGGAGGGAGUGUGGGUGGGAGUUGGAGGAAAGCUCAAGGGGAGUGCUUGCAUGGCAGGCCGUAUUCUGUUCCAAGAGAAGACGAGAGGGUGGACGUGUGA